AUAGGUUUUAUACUACACGCUCUCUCCGCUUUAGGAGUGAUCUAGCUUAGGGCAUCCAAGCAGCGGCGAUGAGCGCCAUGGACAAGGGCGCCACGGCGAUGAAUGUGGACGAGCAGCCACAUGUCCAGCACGGACCAUCGCUCGUGGAGCAGCUCCAGCACUGUGGCAUUUCCGCGGUGGAUGUCAAGAAGCUCCGAGAGGCAGGGUUUUGUACCGUCGAAGCGGUGGCCUAUUCGCCCAAGAAGGAGCUGCUCAAGAUCAAAGGCAUAAGCGAGGCUAAGGUCGACAAGAUCACUGAAGCGGCGACCAAGCUUGUUCCGAUGGGAUUCACAAGUGCGGCACAAAUGCACGAGCAGCGAUCCGAGAUCAUCCAAAUAACAUCGGGGUCCAAAGAACUCGAUAAGAUCCUGGAAGGGGGCAUUGAGACGGGCUCCAUAACGGAGAUCUAUGGAGAGUUUCGGACUGGAAAGACCCAGUUGUGUCACACGCUUUGUGUAACAUGUCAGCUGCCAUUAGAUCAAGGAGGCGGUGAAGACAAAGCACUGUACAUGAUGCCGAAGGAACUUUCAGGCCACACAGAUUGUUGCAAGUCGCCGAGAGAUAUGGGCUGAAGCAGAUGUUUUGGUAUUGCCUAGGCGAGAGCAUACAACACUGAUCAUCAAUCACAUGAAUCGAGGUAACCAUUUUCCUUGAUAUGUUAAGCACUCCUCGCAGGUUUGUCUUGAUGAGAGGCGACUGCUCUGUAUCUGGCCGAUUUUUCGACCUCUGCUACGUUCUUAAGAAGCCUACAGAAACUGGCAGACGAGUUUGGAGUGGUGGUGGUCCUGUCUUGUUGUGGCACAAGUUGACGGGUCUGCCGUUGCAAGUGCAACAUAAUCGCCCAUGCCUCCACAACAAGGUACACGGUUGUGUCUCACUUCAUUCUAGCUCUAUUCUCUACUAGCAUUAUGCAAGGGACAGCGGAUAUACAAGAUCGUUUGCUCGUCAUGCUUAGCAGAGCAAGAAGCUCGUUUCCAGAUCGCUGGCGGCAUCAUUUGAUGUCACAGAUUAAUGCGAGCGAGUUAGCAUACUCUUUUUUCUUUUCUCCGUAGUUUUCUCAAGAUCAAGCACGGUGAGUGCGUCCUGGAGAUCGGGCCCUUGCGGAGAUAAAAGCAGUUGAUUGAGUGGGGUCUCGGACAGAGAUCUUUAAAAGUCUAAUCCUCUAUCCUUUAAUAAAACAAAGUUAAAAGCGCUAGGGUUUUAA